AAAACCUCGUAUCGUGGGCAUAAGUCCACCAAGAGAAUAAUCAAUACCACUCACACAUAACUCCAUACCGUUCCAUCUUCUCUCCAUUCCCAAUGUCUCAAAACCCACGCCCACCUCACGUGCUCAUCUUCCCUCUACCUCUCCAAGGCCCCGUCAACUCAACCCUCAAGCUCGCCGAGCUCCUCUGCCUUGCCCACAUAGACGUCACGUUCCUAGUCACCGACCACAUCCACGCCCGCCUCCUGCGCCACUCCAACAUCCAAACCCGCUUCAGCUCCUACCCGGGAUUCCGAAUCCAGACGAUCUCAGAUGGGCUGCCGGAAGCCCACCCCCGGGGCGACCGCUUCCUGGAGCUCUUCGACUCCCUGAAGAGCAAGACUAAGCCGCUGUUCAAGGAGGUGCUGCGCUGUGGAGGGUUUUCCUGUGUUAUAGCUGAUGGGAUUCUGGGUUUUACUUGUGACGUUGCUAAUGAAGUCAGGGUUCCGAUUUUCUAUAUCAGGACGAUCAGCGCUGCCUGUCUUUGGGUGUUCUUCUGUAUUCCCAAAAUCAUCGAAGCUGGAGAGAUUCCUUUUGAAGGAGAUGACUUGGAUAUAUUGGUAAAGAGUGUUCCAGGCAUGGAAAGAUACCUCCGGCGUCGAGAUUUGCCGAGUUUUUGUCGGUCCGGUGAUUUAGCUGAUCCAAAUAUUCAACUGUAUAAGACGGAGAGCGAAGAAAAUCCCCGAGCCUACGGUCUCAUUCUCAACACAUUUGAGGAACUCGAAGGUCCAAUUCUUGCGGAGAUGCGUAGCAUGUGUCCAAAUAUUUAUACCAUUGGACCACUCCACGCGCAUUUGAAAGCCAAACUAGCGGCAAAAGCAACGUCGCCGACAGCGUUUUCAAAUAGCUUAUGGGAAGAGGACAGGUCCUGUAUCGCAUGGCUCGAUUCUCAACCGCCCAAGUCAGUGAUCUAUGUGAGCUUUGGGAGUCUAGCAGUUACGACAAGCAAUCAACUAAUGGAAUUCUGGCACGGUUUGGUAAAUAGCGGCCAACGUUUCCUAUGGGUCAUAAGGCCGGACUCUAUUGCAGCGAAAAGCUGGGAAAGUGAAGUUCCGGUGGAACUAUCAAAAGCUACAAAAGAGAGGGGAUACAUUGUCGGUUGGACGCCUCAAGAGGAGGUCUUGGCCCAUCCGUCUGUUGGAGGGUUUUUGACUCACAGUGGAUGGAACUCGACUCUGGAGAGCAUAUACGAGGGGGUGCCGAUGAUAUGCUGGCCCUAUUUCAUCGAUCAACAGGUAAAUAGUAGGUUGGUUGAGGAGGCGUGGAAGCUGGGAUUGGACAUGAAAGACACUUGCGAUAGAAGUAUAAUCGAGAAAAUGGUCAGGAGCCUUAUGGAUGUGGGGAAAGAGAAGUUUCUGGAGAGGGCCGAUCAAAUGGCGAAAUCGGCUAAACGAUGCUUGAGCAACGGUGGGUCAUCGCAUAAUAAUUUCGAGCGUCUUGUAGAAGACAUAAAGUCAAUGAGCGCACCAGUCCCUUAUGAGUGAUUGUUCGCUGCCGGUUGUGUUACUCCUCUUGUGAGUUAUCACUGGGAGGCUGUGUGAUAUGAUUAAACUGUUUGUUUCUGUAUCGUCUGAUGAGUUGAAUGAAAUUUUUCACCAUAGUUGCAAGUGUGGUGAGUUAUUUGUUUCUAUAGGAGUGUGAAGAGUUGAUGGCAAAAAGAUAAUAAUUCCAUCAAGACGGAUGGCGGAUGGAA